AUGGCCAAAAUCCAGCUAGGCCACCAUCCUUCAUUUGACAAAGGACCAAGAUGGGCUUCCUGGAACACUGGUGUUUUUAUCUGCAUCAGAUGUGCUGGAAUACAUCGAAAUCUUGGGGUUCAUAUAUCAAGGGUCAAGUCUGUCAACUUGGAUCAAUGGACACCAGAGCAAAUACAGUGCAUGCAGGAAAUGGGAAAUACUAAAGCAAGACUACUCUAUGAAGCUAAUCUGCCAGAGAACUUCCGAAGACCUCAAACAGAUCAAGCUGUGGAAUUUUUCAUCAGGGAUAAGUAUGAAAAGAAGAAGUAUUAUGAUAAAAAUGCAAUUAAUGCCUUCAAUAUAUCAUCUGACGCUGCUCAGCCUUUGGCAUCUUCUCCUUCUCUGCAAGCUGCUGCUGAGAAGAGCAAAGCAGAGAAGGAAAAAGAAAAAAAGAAAGAAGAGAAAAAGAGAGAGAAAGAAUCAGAAAAACCAUCAAAACAGUUAACAGCUGAAAAGCCACAGAAGAAAGAGGAUCAGCAAUCAGAAGCUAAAGCAAGUCCAAAAAAGUCAUCAGAACCCACUAUUGACCUCUUAGGACUUGAUGGUCCAGCUGAAGCAUCUGUUACAAAUGGAGGCACUGCUGCUGUCACAGCACUGAAUGAUGACCUGGAUAUCUUUGGCCCCAUGAUCUCUAAUCCUUUACCAGCAGCUGCAGUACCUCCUGCUCAGAGCACUUCCACUAAACCAGCAGCUGCCACCUUGUCUGGAGCAGCCGGGGAUCUUGAUCUAUUUACUGAGCAAACAACAAAAUCCGAAGAGUCAGCGAAGAAACAACUCUCCAAAGACUCCAUUUUAUCACUCUAUGGCACAGGAACAAUGCAGCAGCAAAAUGCUCCGGGCAUGUUCAUGGGUUCGUCUUCUAUGCCAUUUACCACACAACCAUCAACUCACUUUCAAGGCUUUCCAGCCAUGGGAGUUCCUGUGCCAGCAGCAACUGGGAUGAUGGGAAACAUGAUGGGACAAUCAGUGCCAGUCAUGGGACAAAGCACAGGCGUGAUGGUAGGAGUGGGAGUGCCCAAUGGAUUUACUGGUACUGCACCAACUGGUGUGAUGGGACUUCCUCAAACUGUCGUUGGACCUCAAGGUGGAAUGGUGGGACAGAUGGUCACACCACCACAAAAUAAGUAUGGAUUGCAACAAAACCAACAAGCUCAAUGGAACCUCUCUCAGAUGAAUCAGCAAAUGGCUGGAAUGAACCUCAGCAGUUCCAGCAACGUGAUGGGCUUUGGGCAGCCCCCCAGCACAGCCGCAGGAUGGACUGGAAGCUCCUCUGGCCAGACUCUCAGCACACAACUGUGGAAAUGAAAGUUGCAAUAGAAAUCUUUCCCAGAACAGCCACCUAACAUUCCUUGUUUAAAUACAUUUACUUUUGCUGUUCCUUCCAUGUACAUAUAUAUUCUUUUUCUUUUUCCCCAGCUGUUCAGAUUAAGGAUAUAACUGACUGACCGUGUUGUGGUCUAUAUUGAUUUAAAUUUGAUGUAGUGAAAAGCAGAUCAAAUAUAUUUAUACAUCAUUGGAAGCAUUUUCAUACAAUGCAUAUGAUUUCAUAGACCAUAUUAAGAAGCUGCUUAACCACAUACUGAUUUUUUCCCUCAAAAUUCUAGAUCAAAUGUUUGCAUAUAAGGGAUGUAGCUAUCAUGUUAGUAAUACUCAAAAAUAUGAACCCCAACUCCCCCAAAAUUACCCAGUAAUCCUGUAGAAGGUACUGUAUGAACAAAUGUUUAAUCAUAUAUAAAUAGAAUGUAAAUGUAUCACUGAGCAAUGUUUUCUAGUGUAUCAAACAAAUUUUGUUUCAUCAUACAUUUCACUGUGAUGUUGUUAUGGUGUGCAUAACAGGGAAUGUGGUUAUUGAAAGAAAGAUAAACCUGGAUGUUACUGUAGUUCUACAAAUCAAUAGUUUAUUCUUCUAAAGAUGAGCACUUGAUGCAUUUGAGUUUCCUGUGGUAAAGUCUCUGACCUGGCUCAGGAGGCAAGCGCACAGUGUUAAAAGAGAACUGACAGCACAAUAUGCAUUCAAGGUAACUCAGUGUGAACAGAUAUAUUUUGUCUUGCAGACAGAUCCAGGUUUAUGACAGUGAUUGUGUUUACAUUUUAUGGUGCCUCGUAAUGAUAAAAUGUUAUUUCCCUAUAUUAAAAGGAUAAAUCCGUAAA